AUGUCGAAAGGUGAAAAACUGUCAGCAGAAGCAGAGGAGAAGCUGAAUAAACGAGAUGGCAUACUUUCCACUCUGUUUGGGUAUGACAGUCCUCGUCCAAUUCAUAGGACGUCUAAUAAGUCCCAGCGCAUGGAGGAGGCGGCCGAGCUGUAUUCAGCCGCAGGGAAUGCAUUCCGUCUGGAGAAUAACGCAGAAGCAUCAGGAAAGGCAUACACUCAAGCGGGUGUCCUCUUUGAAAAGUUGAAUCGAGGCUUUGAUGCUGCCGAUCGUUACGUAACGGCCAGUUCUUCUCUAAGAAAAUUACCCUGUCAAAUCAAUGCAUAUAGCACUGCAAAGAGAUGCCUACUCAACGUGGCCACCAUCUCCGCCAAUUUUGAGGACUAUCCCAAAGCUAUCGAAAUCUACGAGAAGGUCAGUCACCAAUUUGACUCGCAGUAUGCCCGAGAAACGGCGAAUGAUGCCCUACUGAAAUACGGUGCCCCGGAAUACGCAUUCAAAGCAUGUUUGUGCCACCUGUGUUUUGGGGAUAUCACCAACGCCCGCAUUGCCUGCGACCGACUGGCCCUCGAUGUGCCUGCCUUCUGUGAUACGCGGGAUUAUACUCUCCUCUGUGCUCUUAUGGAGGCCGUGGAUCAGGAGGACGAAGAGGGGUUCGGGGAUGCCAUCGCAGAAUACGACAAAAUCAAAAGAGUUGAUCCCUGGACUACUCGACUUAUUUCCAAAUUCAAGUCCUCUGCCUUCCAAGUCGACUUGAGAUAA